AUGGCGGCGAAGAAAUUCUGGAAUAUGGUGCGAGCAAUUGUGUUGAUGCUACGUAAGGAGUUAUCGAAGGGCCGAAUCGUAAUGUCCGAUCUUCAUUUGAUGAUGAAGAGAGGCAAAUUAGCCGGAAAAGCUAUGUUCAAUCUAAUGCAUCUUCACCAAAGCUCCGGCAGUCUCAGUUGCCGGACGGCCACCGACAUAGCUCAUUCCAUCGCCAUUGCUCCACAGGAUUACGAGUUUAGUUGUAGCAACAGCCCUGCUUUUCCAGCGCUGCAGAUCUACGGAAAGCGCGGCGGAAAACACCACCACCAGAAGUAUAAUGACGUCACCACUGUUAGUGCCGUUAAACGAGUGCUGGAGAUGCUGAACAACGAGGCUGCAGCGGCGACGGCGACGCCGUCGCCUAUGGUGAAGCAUGGGAUGAGUCCGAUGGUUAGGGUAACGGAUUCACCGUUUCCGGUGAAGGAUGAGGGGGACGAGAAGGUGGAUGAAGCGGCGGAAGCGUUUAUCAAACGGUUUUAUAGUAACCUGAAACAGCAGAGAAUUACGUCGGCUAUGGAAUCUCCGUCGCCGUACCACCGUAUGUGGGGCCGGUAA